AUGCAAGACCUUCGAUGGAAUCAGAUCACCAAUCUGGAAGAUAAUGCCUUCGACGGUUUGUCAAAUUUAAAGGAACUGAAUCUUCAACUGAAUCAAAUAACCACACUGGAAGAUAACGCUUUCCAUGGUUUGUCAAAUUUAAAGACACUAGUUCUUUCCAACAACAGAAUUACCACAGUACAGGACAAUGCUUUUGCCGGCUUACACAAUUUAAGUUAUCUAUCUCUGUACCGAAACCAGAUAUCCGCAAUACCAAACAAUGUAUUUAAAGAAUUGCCAAAUUUAAAGACACUGCACAUCUUUAGCAAUAACAUAACUACAUUAGACAAAAACAUGUUCUUGGGACUUCCAAAAUUAAAGACGCUGUCAGUGGAAAGGAAUCCUCUGCACUGUGACUGCAUCUUAGCCGAUUUUGUCAGAUUUUCCAAAUCAAGGAAGUUAACAUUGACGUACAUACCGUAUGACAUAGAACCGAAAUGUUCAACCCCGAGUAAUCUGACAGGAGUAUUGUUGCGGGAUCUCUCCUCAGAGGACAUGAAUUGUGACGUCACUACAGCAACUACACCAAUACGAGAAACGUCAGGUAAAAUGAUUAUUUUAUUCAAUAAAAAACACUGAAUUGUCUGAACUGAAAAACACUCCUAGGCAUUACCUAUUUUUAGAGGCGAAAACGCGAAUAAAACAUGAAUUAUCAAAACGCCUAAAUCUCACCCACUCAACUUAUCUUUAUUUUUAAUAUCGUUUAUUUUUUAUGUAUGAAUAAUUAUCUACAGAACAAGGAGUUAAACUAAGCUUCAUAUUUAUCCUGCAAGGUAAGAUUGCUGUUGCUGUUCCCAAGCAUGGGGAAAAAGUGUGAUUAGCUAUGAAAAUGGCUGGAGUGUGUUCUUUCUUAAUGAAAAUCUGUAAAGGGGUCUCUUAUUAUUGCUAAUAUUGAAAAUAAAUUUUCUUGUCAAAAGUCUUUGUUGGGUUGAGCUUCCAGGCUGAUAUUGAUGAUUACUGGAGGCCUGGUAUACUUGGCAAAACUACAAAAGGCAUUCUAUAGCUUACAAGAAAGGACCUUAGACUGAAAUUUAAGUAAAGGGGAUUGAGCAAUUGUUUUCCAGCACUUAAUUUAAAAUUAAAAUAAAUUGUCAGUGGCACUCCUUUAACUUGAUUUUUGACCGACGUUCAAUCGGUUUUUGACAAGAACA